AUUACGUCGAUAGUAAACAGUGGUUGAAAAUUAACAGUUGAAAGUCGUACAACGACUUGUGACGUCAUAACGCUGUGUAUCCGCGAUGCAUACUGGGAAAUGAUGUCUGCCAUCUUGAAUGGCAUGGUCCUUUUUGGCUGCGGUAGUUGCGUUGACGAUAAGAAAUGGCGAUUACUCGUGAAAAUAAUAGUGGAUUAGUCGUCAAAAUCUUGUAGGAAUUUAAUUGAAUAUUAGUGGACUAUACGGGUUGAUGAUACAAGCAACAAUGGACGCUGUUAAAGCAUUCAAUGCUGAGCUCUCGGCUCUCUAUGAGGUGAAGCCCCCGAUAUCAAAGGCAAAAAUGAAUUCUCUAACAAGGGGUGCUAUAAAAGCCAUCAAAUUUUACAAACACGUUGUUCAGAGUGUCGAGAAAUUCAUCCAGAAGUGUAAGCCAGAGUAUAAAGUUCCUGGUCUCUACGUGAUAGACUCCAUCGUGCGCCAAUCGAGGCAUCAAUUUGGUGUUGAGAAGGACGUGUUUGCCCCUCGUUUCGCCAAGAACAUGCAGACGACAUUCCUGAAUCUGCUGAAGUGUCCCCCAGAGGAUAAGAGCAAGGUGAUUCGAGUGUUGAAUCUCUGGCAGAAGAAUGCAGUAUUUCCCCCAGAGGUCAUCCAACCCUUGUUUGACCUGGCAGACCCCAAUCACCCGAUCCACAAGGAGCAGUCGAUCAGCUCCAAUGGAGCCCUGAAUCAAUCGAACAACUUGGGUAACUUUGGCAUGAUAUCCAGGAGUUCGCCAGGAGCUAAAGCCAAACAGACCAUAGACCCAGCUUGGUUAGCCCAGACAAAGCUAGAAACUGCCAACAUGGUCAACGCUAAACAAAUACUUGGACAAGCUGGUGGGAAUCAGGUGGAUGUAUCGUUUCUUGAUCAACUCCAGCAUCUUCAACAGCUGCUCCUGAAGAAGCAGGAAGCCACGAGCGAGGCCCAGAGUUCAGUGAAGUUCGACAAAAAACUUCUCGAUUUUGAUUAUGGAGAGGAAGAGGACGAUGACGUAAUUGUGGCAAGUUCACCAGCAGCAGCAACGACUGCAGGGCAGCACACUACUAGUGGCAGUGGUAGUCUAGAGAGCCUGGGAUUACUACUGACAAAUCCCGAGGUACUUCGGCAGUUGCAGACCCUUCAGCAGACGAUGCAGGGAGGUACAUCCUCAACACAACACGAGAUGGAGGAGAAGAUGAGAAAACUCCAGCAGAUGAAGCAGCAGGAAGAUGAGUUCGACAAACAUCUUGCUCAGACAGUCCCCAAUCUCCCAUUCGCUUCUGAAUGUGAAUUGAAGCCAUCUGACGUUAUCAAACCCAGCGGACACGUUUACAACCCUCCUGGGGUUAUGCAGGACAUGAGUCAGCCCCCGCCAGGCUAUCCUCCGGCGUUUAUGUCUCAACCAGCGGGUGGCAUGAGGCAGUCGAUCCAUCAGAAAAGUCCUCUGUUGGACGAUCGUCAAGACUCGCAGGACUAUCAGGGCUCCACCGCUAGGCGUGACUCCAGCAGCGUUGAGAUUGUUAAUUUGGAUUCUGUGAGGUCCCAGAGUAGAUCUCCUGACAGAUUCCGAAGGCACAGUAGAUCGAGGUCUCCCAGGCAUCGAAGUGAUCGAGGGCGGGACAGAGAUAGAGAUAGAGACAGGAAAUCCAGGUCCAGGAGUCGAUCCAGACGCAGAAGAUCAAGGUCCAGGGAUCGAAAGAGGGAUGACAGUAGAGAAAAGAUCAGCGAGGAAGAGAGGGAGAAGCAGAGGGAACGAAGGAAGCGAGGACUACCUCCAAUUAUCAGGGAAAAAAUGAGUGUCUGCAGCACUACUUUAUGGGUUGGGCACUUAUCGAAGCUCGUUCAUCAGGAAGAACUGUCUGAUACUUUUGGUGAGCUUGGGGAUAUCGUCAGUAUUGACCUCAUCUCGCCUCGAGGGUGUGCUUUCAUAUGCAUGAAUCGGAGACAAGACGCUUAUCGGGCUUUGACCAAGCUGAAGAAUCAUAAGAUGCAGGGAAAAGCUAUUACUUUGGCUUGGGCACCUGGCAAAGGUGUCAAGGGAAAGGAAUGGAAAGACUACUGGGAAGUGGAGCUGGGAGUCAGCUACAUACCCUGGAACAAACUCAACAGCGUCAAUGAACAUGAUCUCGAGCUACUUGAAGAAGGGGGAAUGAUUGAUGAAGAUACUUUGCCACCCAGAUUAAUUGGCAAAUUGAAGCACUCUUCAGGUCAUGAAGGAAACCAGAGUGUAUCAAUCCCAAUGAGUGGUGCACAAAUUCCAACCUUAGCUGAUGGAAUUGUGAGCGUUCUGCCUCCUAUUUCAAGUUCCCAACAGACUAUCGUUGAUACCAGCCAGCCGCCUCCAAUCAGAGCAACUGCCUCCACUGGCCUCCUACCACCAACAAGUGCCCAGCUGUCCAUGAUGCCUCCAGGCUUCCCUAUAACAGGUGUACCACGUAUGCUGGGAGCUAUGGGGCUGUCAAUGGCUCAUGGACUAAUGCCGAAUGUUCCAAUUGGAGUACCACCUCCCAACAUGCAGAGUCUGCUGGGACCCCCUGGAAUCAUGCAAUCGAUGCUGACACCACCAGUUAAUUCACCAUUUGGUACUGGCGUAGGCGUAGGUCUCCUCACCCAGAUUCCAUUGCCAGCGCCUGCAGCACCAGCUGCUCCAUCAGACAAAUCAAGCACCACUGGAUUAUCUGCAUCAACCCCAGGUGACACAAAUCUCCCAAAUCUUCCAAUGCUUCGGCAAGCCUUCGGAGUGGGCCCUCCACCACCUCCUCUACAAAUACCGAUGCAGGCACAGCACUCCGACGACAUGGACGUGGAGAUGGAGGAUGUAAUGCCGCAGAAUACCAAUCCGCCAAAAGACAAGCCCAAUUUGAGUGAUCAAUUGCUUGCAGUGAUGGGAAAAGGUCCUCUUGGUGACAGGAAUGCUGAUCAUAAUGACAGAGAUUUCAGGGAUCGUGAUCGAGAAAGGGAUAGGGAGAGGCGAGAGAGGAGUGAUCGUGACAGGGACAGAGAUGGUGGAAGGGACAGGGGUAGAGGUAGAGACAGAGGGAGAGAUCGUCGAAGGGAGAGAGAUAGAGAUGACAGGAGGGAUGAGAGAAGAGAUCGUGAUUCGUUGAGACCUCACGAUGGUCCCAUGCCAGGGCUCUUACAGGAGCCAGAUAUGGGGGUUAAAAAAGAUAAACUCAGUCUGGCUGAUAGGUUGAGACAAUUGGCUGAUGGAACUCUUCCAAUGGACGACAGGAUGGAUCGAGCUAGAGAGAGAAAUGAUCGGAGUAUGGAGCGAAAUGAUCGAAGCAUGGAACGCCCUCCACCAUUUGAGGAGCCUCUGAAUGUUCGCAGGCCUGGAGAUGGUCCUCCAUCGCUGUUGGAUCUCCCUAAAUUCCCUCCAACCCCUGGUGAUCGGGAAUUCGGGCCCAGGGCUGAGUUCAGGGGUCCCCAGGACAUUCGUGAAUUCCCCAGAAAUGAUCGUGAUCGAGUAUUUCCACCGCGGGGUGGGAGAGGCCCACUGGAUGAUUUUCCAGAUCCUAGAAUGAUGCCUGGAAGAUUCCCGGAGGACUUUGAUGGACGUCUGGGGCACAAUGGACCUCGUCCUGAUGACUUUGAUCUGCGAUUACAUCCAAGGGAAGAGUUUGACAGGCCGGAAAUGCGACGCAUGCCUGUGGAUGAGUAUGAGGCAGAGAGAUUUGAAUUUGAAAGACGCCAGAGGGAGGGCUUCGAGCCCAGGAUGGCUGAUGGGUUCGACCCUCGAUUGCAUCCUGAUCAUCCGGAUUUCGAUAUGAGAAGGCGAGAGUUCUUCGGUCAUAUGGAGCCUGGAUUCGGCCCUAUGAUGAACACUAGGGGGCCUAGAGGACCGAUGGUUGCUGAACCUUUUGGACCACGACCUGGAAUGGGAAAUAGAGGGGGUCCACAUGGUCCCCCAAUGUUCCACCCCCGUGGCAUGGGCCCACGAGGCCCCAUCCGGCCAGGGAUGCGUCAGUUCGGCCCUCGAGGGCCUCCAUUCGAUCCCAGGGAAGGCGAAGCCUUCUUCAGAUCAUUUGACGAGGGUCGUGGACCCCUCGGUCCCUUCAGAGGUCCUCACAUGCCAGAUGGUGGUCCCUGGAGGGGCGAAAAUGGCCCCUGGAUGGACGCCAACAAUGGCAUUGAGGGAGACGAUCUAGCAAGGGAUAACCAUUCUAGCAGAGACACUCCAAAAGGCCACAAGCACCAGGACAGGGACAGAGAUAGUAGAGACAGGGAGAGAAAGUCCAGGGACAGAAAGUCAAGAUGGGGCAAUGCAAGUCCUUCACAGGAGCAGCCUGAGGGGCCACCUGGUGAUAGCGAGCCUCGAGAGAACACAAAAGAUAAUGAACCUGGCGAGAACUGGGAUGAGCCAGUUGCUCCAGCAGCUGCAGUUGAUGAACUAGCGCUGCCAGAGUUCGAGGAACAAUCAGAAAAACCUGUCGUACAUGAAACUGUCCAAAUGGAGGAUGACGUCAGGCCCAGUGAGGAUCAUCAGGAGGCUUCUUACGAAGAUAAUUCUGUAACAGUAAAUGAAAAUGUCCAGGAGCAGUUCGAAGAGCGUGUUAAUGAGGUGGAAGAGAACGUUGACAAGCCGGAAUUUUGUGAAAAUAUGUUAAGUGAAGAGCCAAUAAUGAGUACUGAUAAUGUGGAGACAACGGAAGCACCAGAGUCCAGUGAUAUCUGUGAACAAAAUAAUAUCGCUGAAGAACCAACAAACGCAGAAGCAGAAGCUUUGUAACAGCUCUAAAAGAUCUUUCAAUUGCCCGAUUGAUGAGAUAAUUCAAGGAUGAGAGUGACCAAAGUAUUGAGACUUUCUCUGGAGAUCUCUCAAACCCCUGAAUAUGUAAAUUGAAUAUCCGGAGGCAUUAAUUGAGAUGUACAUACGGGACAUUGAAAAGGCUAGUUAACUAAGGAUCAAAGUGAUGAGAAAGGUUUUUUUUUUUUGCUCUUUGGAGACUUGUGCUGGCUUUUUUCGGAGUGGUGGGGGAUACUGUGAGUCCAGUGAAUCUCAAUUAGAAUAUUCUUCUUCUGUCUGUCUCUUUAAUUUUUCUUUUUUUGUUUACUCUUUCUUGAGUAGUACGCAAUUGUGGAAAGUCAAAAUUUUUGAUAAACUUGGUAAUAACUACUGCUGCUUAAAAGAAACAAAAACAUUGCUGUGAUAGUGAACACAGGACCUAAUUUCCAUUAAAUGUACAUACGGUAUUUAUAACAGAAGGUAGAUUGGUUCUGGGGGAGGGGGGGAGGAUUAUGCCAUAGUUUUCGAUAGAUUUGUCAAUGAAAAACCAUGGAAGGACAACCGUAAUUUUUGGCUUAGAGAUGAUUGAUCGGAGUCAUCGUUUCCUCCGGUGAAACGUGUAAAUAUAUAGAUAUAUAUUUUUUAAAUUGAAUCACUUUAUUUAAAUAUUCGAAUGAUUAUUUUGACAACGUUAAUUUGCUAUCAGAAUGCUGCGGCGGGUACGAUACAGCGAGAGUAUUGUACCUAGAUAACAAAAAAUAUAAAGGGAAUGAUUCUCUAAUAAUUUAUUGAAUUGUACAUAAUUUUAUAUUUUUCUAGAAAUGGAAAAAAAACAGAUACAACUGAAUGAAUUGAUAUUGUGCAGAUCAUUGCUCAAUUUCUAUGAAAAAAAAAAACCAAUACCGAAAAAUAAAUAUUUUCUACGUAUUGUUUUUCACCAAAAGUAAAUGGCGUUGUCAUUCCAGUUUUUUUUUUAUAACGUUAAAACAAAUUUCACGAGAAAGCAAUUUACCCUACCAUUUAUUUUUCAAUAGUGAUUACAGUUUGAGGUAGAGUAGUUGAAAAAAAAAAAAUUAGUGCUCAGGUGAAGCAAAUUAUCAAGUUAUUCCGGAAAAAAUAAGAUUAUUGAAUGAAAAAAAUAAGUAGACGGUGGAAGAUUCGAAUAACAACUCUGGUUCCUGUGUUCACGCACGCACGUUGACUUGCACGUCUCGCAGCAGCGUUGGAAAACACGCGCUUGCGCUCAAACUGAGUGACAAGUGCAAGGUACUGUUCAAUCACAAAUUACAUUUAUCAACUGAGAUGAGAGAGAACAUUAAGAGAUAGUUGAAAAUUUAGUGAUUUUUUAUUCUUCAAUUGAGAGCCACGGAGACCAUUUCACACCACUCCGGGGUCCAAAGUACCUCAAUAAUUAAUCACCGAAUUAAUAUCUAUGACAAUUUGUAAUAAAAUUAGAGAAUUCAACGAUGUUAUGAUUCGUUAAGCUGGAGGGAAAGAUGUAAUCUAAGUUUUAUUUCCAGAUUUUGUGAGUUGAGUUCAUCUUCUUUGCAGGACUAGGAAUGAUCGAGGAAAAAAAUCAUUGACCUUCUAUUGUCCUGUGGGAUGGUACGUGGCCCUCAAUUGUUGAUGAAAAAAAAAUUGUAUCAAUGAUUUUUAUCUGGUGCUGGUAAUUUUCGUGUCGAAGCACAUCUGGAUUAUGAUUAAUUUCUCGUUAGUGCAACAUUCCUGGCACAAUAUCUCCUGACAUUUUUCACGUUUCGUCAGUUUAAGAAUAAGAGACAUAUGAAGAAGUUGAGGUGAGAACAGGCCAGAAUUGUUCGCCCUGUAACUGCCUUUUUGCGACUGGUAGACUUGUCAUUUCACAUUUUCUCGAAUGUUUUCAGACGAUUGAAAUAGAAACAUUUGUAUUGAUCGAUCGAUUUGUCGAUUUAAAUAUUCUUCGUUUGAUAAAUUUCAAGUCAUUGACACUCAAGUGUUGUUGUUUAGAGAAGAGUGGCUGAAUGAUAAUAGUGUUGAGAUAAAAAGCAUUACAAAGAGCUUUUGGUAACGAGAGAAAAAAAGAACAAGUCUCAUUGAAUAUUCGGGAAUUGUUUUUAAGAAGAAAAAGUACUUUGACGCUAUUAUUCUAAUAACAUUUAUUAUAAGAAAGAUGAUAGAUACUGUAACCAUUUAAUGACGAGAAUAAAUAUGUAGAA